AAAUCCCAGAGACUUCCUGAGCCCUUGAGUAUGGCAGAGGUCCAAAACAACCUGAAGGAAAACUACAGCCACAACUGAUGGACACUAAAAUUAACCCUUCAAAUAACACCUCUUCUCUAUUGACGCUACAAUACCGCAAUCUUUACAUCCUCAUCUUCCUCUUCCGUUAUCCGUGGCCCCUGCAGUGAAGCCAGACCUGAGCUGCACUGAAGAUGAACCGUUAAAACAAAAGAACAACUGAUCCAUGCUGAAAAAAUAACCACCUGAAAGUAUGAUGAACAUAAGACCCCACUAUGUCCUCAACAAUCAUGAUCAAGCACUUUAAUUAAAAAUUAAAAGCACAGUCAGGAAUCAUCAAAAAUAGAAAUUUGCUUCCUUAGAAAAAAGAAUCCUGAUAUGGAUUUGAUGAAAAGAAAGAAGUUUCCUGGGGACAAAGUUUAAUCCUUAAGCAACUGAGACUACAUUUGUUUUCUAUAAAAGAUAUGAGAUAAGAUACUCCUUUACUUGUCCCACAACGGGGAAAUUCAAGGAGUUACAGCAGCAAACAAAAAGGUAUACAGUACAAGGGUUAGGGUUAUUAUUAUUAUUCAAGCCCAAUUUAGGCCAUUUAAUUAAAAUGAAUUGAAUUUGUCUCCAGUGUCUAUUAAUUUCAAAGUAAAACCCCAAAUCAUCUAAUUGUUUUCAAAUUAAAUCGCAGAACAGUAACCUAGCCCUAACAUGAAAUUUCAAAAGUCUAUGACAGCCAUUACUCCUCCAUUUGAAGAGUUUUAAUUGAAGAUUCAACCAAAUUCAAACUGAUGUUGUAGCUUCGCCCCAAGCAGGAAGCCUCCUGAUGAUCAGUGGCAGCUGUGUUUCUGCUGUUCAAAAAAUGUUUAAAGCUGUAAACAGACAAGGAACUAAAAUUGCCAAACACAGUUUGGUAGAAUAAAAAAUGACCUACAAUAUCAUAAACCAUACAAGAAACCAUACAAGUACCUCAACAUGUUAUUGCAGUGUACUGUACAGUACUUGUGUAAGUUUACUUGUACAAGUCACAACAUAUAUGUUUGAACGCUCAUUCACUGUAUUUUAACGCUUUAAAUAAAAUAUGGAAGCAGUGUUUUACACGAUGGCCCUGAAUGGCACAUUGAACAAUAAUAAAAGCAGAGUAGGCUGGGGUUGAUGUUGCUGAGCUUUGCAUCAUAAACAGAUGAGUCAACAGUGGGAAGGGCAGCCGGACUGGCAGCAGGCAUACAGAGCAGCAAGACUCUAAUCUGACACUUAGGACAGUCUAAACGAAAUGAAACUUUUGUAACUUAUUCAACAUAUUUAGUCGAAGAGGCAGAUUGACUGUCUUUACAGAGGGAAGUGUCAGUAAGUUACAGUAAGAGCCGGAGGGAUGAAUGCGGACAGGGAGGAGCAGGAGGACGAACUACUCGCUCUCCAGAGUAUCUUCGAUGCAGAAGAGUUCUUCCGGGAUGAGCCGAAGUUUGCUGGAGAAAUACGAGUGUCUGUCGAGCUGCCCGCAGACUUCACCGUGGUUCUAAAAGAAGGUGAAACACUGAGGCAGUAUGAGAUAUCGUUCCUCCCUCCACUGAAUCUGACCUUUGAACUCCCUGAGGACUACCCAUCAUCGUCUCCUCCCUCCUUCACCCUCACCUGCAGCUGGCUGACACACAUUCAGCUCUCUGCACUGAAUGCUCAUCUCACUGAUCUCUAUAAGGCCACUUGGGGCGCUGUUGUGCUCUUCACCUGGAUACAGUUUCUUAAAGAGGAUGCCCUCAGGUUCCUAGACAUGCAUCCUCUCCUUGAGCUCCCAUCAGAUGUGGUAUCAGACCUUUCUGCAACAUCCUCAGGAGCUGAGCAUACAACUGAGAUUCUUGUAAAUUCUGAUCAAUCGAAAGGUAGCAGCGAAGAUUCACAGGAAGAGGAAGAAUCAGGCCAAAAUAAUUUGAUUACCUACCACAGCAAAGGGAGCCAGAAUGGUCUAAACCCAGACCAAAAGGUGGAUAUUCUAAUCCCAAGAACUGCAGCUGAUGCUAAAAAGAUAUCAGAUGUCUCAGAUGAAGAGGAGACCGACCAGAAGCUAGAAACCUCAGAAUUUAAAGCUGUCUCAGAGCACAACCAGGAAGACUUCUUAAAUGGAGGUGAUUCUUCAGUCUCAUCAUUGCUCUCCUCUAGCUACCCUCACCCUCCGGAUCCCAGUGGACAAAAUGGAUCUGCCUCUCUGCCUAUCCACCCAAAAAAAUCCCCUCGCAAUGAACACCAAACUCCCUCUGGUCUCUCCUUAACACCCUCUCAGGCCCUAAUGUCCCAGAUCUUGAUCUACAAUGCGGACCAGAAACAGAAAGCGUUCACCACCACCGUGUUUGACUGUGGUGUGUGUUUUAUGGGCUGGCUCGGCUCAGAGUGCAUACAGAUGUUUGAGUGUGGCCAUAUCUUCUGCAGGGGUUGUCUUGCUAAGUUCUGUAAGCUCCAGAUAACAGAGGGGAAUGUCCAGAAUGUCACCUGUCCCGAUGCAGACUGCCCUGCUACUCCUACACCUGCACAGGUAAAGAGUUUGGUUGGGGAGGAGCUGUUCAGCCGCUAUGAUCGUCUCCUGCUUCAGACGACUCUAGACCACAUGCCUGAUGUGGUGUACUGUCCUCGACGUACCUGCGCUGCGGCCGUUAUCGUGGAGAAGUCCAGCAUGGCAGCAAUGUGCUCCGUUUGUAAGUUUGCCUUCUGUGUCUCCUGCAAAAAGACGUACCAUGGAACAGACUGUAAGGACAAGAAGAAAAAAGAGGAAGAGAAAGAAAAAGGACAAAAUGCCCUUUUCGCACCACUGCCUGACUCACAAGAGGGGUUGGAGGCUCUGGGGGAGGACUAUUCCAGUGGCAGUAAGCAGAGGAAGAAGCUCCUAGAGAGCAGAUACGGCCGUGGAAGAUUGGUUUUCCUUGUUGAGUAUGGUCUGAGUGAGCAGUGGAUUGAAGUCAACUGCAAGUAUUGUCCCCACUGCUACAGCAGUAUACAGAAGCAGGGUGGAUGUAACAUGAUGAUGUGCUUUCGGUGUAAUCAACGGUUCUGCUGGUCCUGUCUCUCCAGAGUGCCCUCGAAGGAUGCGGGUAGACACUACCAAGAAAGUCCUGAUUGUAUGAACUAUAUAUCAUAGUCCUGGUGCUUUGUUUUCCAGCAGCCACAAGAAUUGUGUUUUUUACAAAAUCUACACUUGAUUUAAAAAUGCACUUUAAUCAGACGCUCUCAGCGACUGAUGUAAUAAACAAAAAACAUUGCCGUACUGAAACAUAAAAACACUAUAAUAUUAUUUUGCAAAAGACAGAAAAGAAAGGAUUUUAGUCCCAAUUUAAACCAUACAUAAUAUGUUCAAGUGGAGCAUUACUUUUAUUGUUAUAAAUCUAACUUUUCAUUGAAUAUUUCAUGUUACCACAGUGAUCCCUGACAGGGCUUUACAGUCACACCACGUGCCAUUCUGAUCUGCCACCUGCAGGGGGCGCUCAUAACAAUAUUCACAAAACGGAAUGGUCACACUCCUCUGUCACUUUAUAAGAGAUCUUAUUUAAGUAAGUCGUUCACAGUUAAAGGCCCUGUGAGGAGUUUUAACAGGUUAUGAAACAUACUGAUAUGAACAGUAAUGCCUCUUUAUGAGCUUGAAAAGCAAACAGACCAUCAUCAACAACAAUAGCAGAUUUUAUAUUGUAAUCCUCAAUGCAUGUAACCACUGCAAGGGGGUGGGUAUCAGACUGGAUGAUUGAUAGCAUGUCGAGGAAAAAGCCCUGUUUCCACAUUUCUUUCAUAUCAAAUGACAUUUUCUGUCAGACUGCCCAUGCAUGUACUGGACAAGAUCAGUAAGGAGAGACAAAGGUAACACUUUGUCCACAGGGGGAAACAAAAUCAACACAAACAGAAAGUUCCUCACGGGAGCUUUAAAAGAUAAACGAAUGCACUCUUGAGCUGCAUCAGUGUUUCAUCUCUGUUUUGCAAAGUAACUAAGCUCUGAGAGAAAAUUGCCUACCAUGCCCUUUUCUUUUUCAAACCAAAGCCUCAAAGUGUUCACACUCAAGUCUCACCUUCAGUCCAGGUAUUCUGAGGGUUUCUAGUACAGCUGCAAACUAUUAUUUAUUUGACUGGUCAAUCCUUUACCUUAUUAAAUCAAUUUAAGUUCUCAGAGCCCAUGGUGUCAUCUACAAAAGGUCUGUUUUAUCAGUCCAACAGCCUUUAAGAAUAUCACAUGUUGCAUUUACCUAAAAAAAUGAAGCUAUUACUUCAUUUGAGGCUUAAACCAGUAUGAUAUUUCUAUCUAAUAUGACAAAUUGAUGUUUUAAAUGUGUCACUGUCCUCCUCUGUUGAGCCACUGAUCAAUUAAGCAAUUAACUGUCACAGUAAGAGAACCUAUGGAAGUCUCUGGCAAGGCAAGACAAGGCAAGGCAGCUUUAUUUGUAUAGCACAUUUCAUACACGAGGGCAACUCAAUGUGCUUUACAUUAAAAGAUUAAAAGCAUUGGGAACAUUCAGACAGGCAUAAAAGAACAUAAUUAAAAUGACAAAUAUAAUAAAAUGGUUUAGAUUCUCUGUAAUGUUAUUGUAUUUAAAAUGUGUUUUUAAAGAUUUUUAUCCUGCUAAUAACAUGUUCUGCACUGUCACAAUGGGGAAAAUGGAGGAUUACCCGGGUGCAGAAAAAAUAUGUUUUAAUAACAAAAGAAGCAAAAAGUAAAAAUAAAAA